UAGCUCGGUAGCUAGGUUGGCAGUAGGUUGUUUUCUUUAUAGCCGCCUGGGCUUCCCACUCGUCGCUGCUGAACUCCGCCACUGCAAAAUCGGUCAUUACAGCGGCACACAGACGGACUAUAGGUUACAGAUGGACCAGCAGGACCAGUCCUAUAUGUUUGCCAGUCUGAAACGGCCUCACUCCGAGCAGCUGCUGCAAGGCCUCCAGCUCUUGCGGCAGGAUCACGAACUAUGUGACAUUGUCCUGCGUGUGGGUGAUGCCAAGAUCCAUGCCCACAAAGUAGUGCUGGCCAGCAUCAGCCCAUACUUCAAGGCCAUGUUCACAGGUAACCUGUCAGAAAAGGAGACCUCUGAGGUGGAUUUUCAGUGCAUCGAUGAGACUGCCUUGCAGGCCAUUGUCGAGUAUGCCUACACUGGCACCGUGUUUAUCUCCCAGGAAACGGUGGAAUCUCUGCUACCGGCUGCCGACUUACUCCAGGUUAAGCUAGUACUUAAGGAGUGCUGCUCCUUCUUAGAGAGCCAGCUGGAUGCUGGGAACUGUAUAGGCAUCUCCCGCUUUGCAGAGACGUAUGGCUGUCAUGACCUGUGCCUGGCUGCAACUAAGUUCAUCUGUGAGAACUUUGAGGAAGUUUGUUUGACAGAGGAGUUUUUCGAACUGACGAGGGCCGAGUUAGAUGAAAUCGUGUCCAAUGACUGCCUUAAGGUGGUCACAGAGGAGACUGUGUUUUACGCCCUGGAGUCGUGGAUCAAAUAUGAUGUAACUGAGAGACAGCAGCAUCUAUCCCAGCUCCUGCACUGUGUUCGCCUUCCACUCCUCAGCGUCAAAUUUCUCACUCGCCUAUAUGAAGCCAACCACCUUAUACGAGAUGACCACGCAUGCAAGCACCUGCUCAACGAGGCCCUUAAAUAUCAUUUUAUGCCCGAACACCGGCUUUCCUAUCAGACUGUGUUGUCGGCGCGGCCCCGGUGUGCCCCCAAGGUUCUGCUUGCUGUAGGAGGCAAGGCGGGAUUGUUUGCAACAUUAGAAAGCAUUGAAAUGUAUUUCCCUCGGACAGAUUCCUGGAUAGGACUGGCCCCUCUCAGUGGACCCCGAUAUGAAUUUGGAGUGGCAGUGCUGGACCACAAGGUGUACGUGGUGGGAGGAAUCGCCACACACAUGAGACAGGGCAUUAGCUAUCGGAGGCACGAGAGCACAGUGGAGAGCUGGGACCCCGAGAGCAACACCUGGUCCUCGGUGGAGCGCAUGGCUGAGUGCCGCAGCACACUGGGGGUGGUGGUGCUGGCGGGCGAGCUGUAUGCCCUCGGAGGCUACGACGGCCAGUACUACCUCCAGUCGGUGGAGAAAUACGUCCCCAAGUUGAAGGAGUGGCAGCCUGUGGCACCCAUGACCAAGUCCCGAAGCUGCUUUGCCACAGCAGUGCUGGAUGGCAUGGUGUACGCUAUCGGAGGCUAUGGCCCGGCCCAUAUGAAUAGCGUGGAGCGGUACGACACCAGCAAGGAUGCCUGGGAAAUGGUAGCCCCCAUGGCAGACAAGAGGAUCAACUUCGGAGUGGGCGUCAUGCUGGGCUUCAUAUUUGUGGUGGGCGGACACAACGGAGUGUCACACCUGUCUAGCAUUGAGAGGUUUGAUCCCCAUCAGAACCAGUGGACAGCCUGUCGGCCAAUGAAUGAACCACGCACUGGUGUGGGCUCUGCCAUUGUGGACAACUACCUCUAUGUGGUGGGCGGUCACUCCGGGUCUUCUUACCUGAAUACUGUCCAGCGCUACGACCCCAUCUCGGACAGCUGGUUGGACUCGAGUGGCAUGAUGUAUUGCCGCUGCAACUUUGGUCUGACUGCCCUUUGACCCAUGGCCCAGCCAGCUAGGACCCCAUAAGAGAACUUAGACACAAAGACGUUUCUUUUUUGUUGUCUCCUCCUCCUCCCCCACAUUCAUCCUCCAGGUGCAGAGGAGCGCUGCACACCACCAAGAACACCGGAGGACAGAGAGAGAGAGAGAGAGAGAUCCUGCUGGGUGGGUGGAUGGAUGUGCCGGGGCUAGCUGGCUGGCUAGAUGGAGACCACAGACGUGGCUGCAGAGAUGGAGAAGAGCUGCGGAACAGAGAGGAAGAUGAUUGGACGCCUGUUGUCACGGGCACAAGGAGACGACCGCUCUACUGCUGCUGGACCACAAUGAGGACUCCGAGCCAUUUCCCAGGGGAUUGUGGGAGAAAACUUGUCACUUUUAGUUGUUUUCUGUUAUGUUAGCAGACAUUUAUUUGUUCUCCUUCAUGCCAUCAAUUGUGUUUAAUACCAGCUGCAACUGGAACCAUGGGUUCAGAUUUUGUAGAACACUGCAGGUGUGUGUGUGUGUGUGUGUGUGUGUGUGUGUGUGUGUGUGUGUUGUGUGUGUGUGUGUGUGUGUG